ACCUCCGACAGCGUCAGUUCGUUUGCGAACUGUGUGAAAAGCGAAUUCGGACGCCACAUUUUAUUCGGAAAUCUAAAAAAAGCACAAAAAGUUAAAAACGAAACGGAAAAGCGUCAACGAACCGAGUGCGAGCGGUAAUGUGCGAAAGGCUACAAAGAAAUUAAUUAUAUUUUUGUGACUCGUGGUUUUACAGUCCGCGUUCGCUUGUGGUUUAACAGCACUGUGACAUUUGGUACAUGCUCGUAUAUAAGAGAAAAUCGUAAAAAUAAAACGAAAUUGAGAAAAGUGAUGCACCGCCGUAAGCAGCAAGCGUUAGUGUUUGUUGUGAUGAGGGUUUAUACAAAUUUCGUGUGAAAUGAGGAAAGGCCGUGAUGGCGAUCAGCUAUGGCAGUUAAUCCGCUCCUGAGUCAAGGUGAACGGUGUUGAAAAGUGCUAAAGAAAGGCAUUAGUACACUUGAAUAUACAAAACUACCAACACUUAAGAAAGUGUGCUAAAAGUGGCACACAAAUAAAUAUAUUAGUGAUUGUGUUUCCUAAGCAAAAAACGAAAUCAAACAACGAAAAAACGCGCGUGUAAAACAGAAACACAAGUUAAAAAAAAACGGUGAAUCACCGUUAAGUGCUAAUGACUUUCCUUGAGGCAUUAUUCUGUAUCCUGCUUAAUUUCAUGUUGUUCUAAUGGUGCUGUGAGGCCGCCAUUGUGUUGGAGAGGCAAAAAAUAAUUGCAAGCUCGCGCUAACAUAAACCUUCAAUUGCCAAUCCAAUCCACCAGCAUACUUGUGAUACUUAAGUGGUUGCAACUACAAGUUUUCAAUGCAACAUACUAUUUGAGUGCAGUGCACCAUUUGGAUGACGACUGAACAACCGUGGCGACAAGCUUUCCGAAAUGGGGAAAAACUAUCAGAUCAUAAAAGGGAAACGGUAAACCAAACUGACGCUGCUGACAAGCAAUGAAAACACUACAGACCCGGAGACAAGUGAGAGAAAUGCUCACGAAGAGACGUUGACUAGCGUCAUAUCCUUACAGUAAACCAAACUACAAAAAGCAACGGAAGCUAAAAUUAAACUAAGGAAAUACAUACUUACAUAUGUACGUAUAAGCAGUUUUACAGGGCGAUUUAGUAAAAAUGCAGAAUCUCCGCUUGAAAUCAGCUUGAAACGCACAUGCACAGCAUAAUACUGAAUAAAAUAAAACUAAUGGAGCGCGCAGAACGAGAUUUUUUGGCGCAAAGAGAGCUGUGGCUGUACCGGAACUACCAACUUGCAAUCGCGGGAUGCAAUGAAGAAUGCUUAAUAUUGGUAAUGCAUAAAAUUUUGAAAUGCCAGAGUCAGACAUGAAAUAGCAAAGCUUUUGUAAAUAUAUAUAACGGAUUUAUUAAACAGUGAAUUCGUCCAAAUUCUUAUUUUUGCUUACGAGUGAUUGUUAAAAUAUAUUUUUCUGGAGGGUUGUGAAUAACUUUGAGUGCUUUUUAAUGCUUCAUACUUUGCGGAAAAAUCUUACUAAGAAGUAAUAAGAGGAUACAGCAAGAGAUUGACGAUAGAAAUAACUAAUUGAAUAUUUAACGUUGAAUAAUAAUUAAAAAUCAAAAAAAAAAGAGUAUGUAAUUAAAAAGCUUGAUUAAAAGUAGUAAAAAUUGCUAUAAAUAGUCUUAAACGCUCCAAAGAAGCAGCUGUUAAGCAUAUAAAUAUUGUUGCAACUUUUUUUGUUAAAGUAUAUAAAAAUAAGUGAAGAACUAUGUAAAUAAGUUGCAACAAUUUUAAGCGCGUUAUUGAUUAAAUACUGUACUCUAGGUUAAGGCCAGUGUUUUGUGAUAUUUUCAAGCUUUACUUGUAUGCAAAAGAUUGAAGUUUUGUAAGCAAAAUUACAAAAAUUAAAGGAGCUUUAAAUUAUAUUUACAAAAACAGAAAAUUUAGAAAAAAUUAAUAACAAUUAAAAAAGACAACUGAAAGCGAAAAGAAAAAAGGUUAAAGUCUGGCAUUGCACAGAAUAUAGUGCUAAGAGUUAAGACGGAAGGCGGUGCUGAUGAACAAGAAGAAAUUAUAACUUUGAUUUGAAUUUAAAAUUAUUUAUUAUAUUAAACACUGCUUACCCACAAGCUUAGCUCUAGCAUAAUUUGUAAAUACUUAGAGCUACGAGCUUUUUGGUUCAACGACUAAUAGAACAUCGAUUUAAAAUAUAUAUACUUUUUUCUUGCAUAAUUUCGCCAGCAGUUACUUUCGUUGUAGUAACUGUUUCUGUGAAUAAGUCAGAACUUAAAAUUAGCAACACUAACUGCUUAGUACAGGCGCGACUCGUUGUUUUGCCCUACUUACAUCGUUUUAAGUUAGAAUACAUUCGAGUACCCAGUGCGCUUGCGGCCCCGCUUCUUAUCGCAGACCGAUGACUGAACUCAAUGCGACGCACGGAUUCGACCCGCACAUUUUUCAUGCACUAAAGUCAUCUCCACGCAUACAGGAUCUGCUACGCCAAGAGCCCGCUUUGCUACCGCCCGCUGAUGUUGUUGUGGAUAGUUCGACGCAUGAUUACGAUGCGGCGCCAAUCAAUUUGCAAGAUUUCAUACAGAGUGUGUCGGACAGCAACGUCUUCGUUGAGUAUAUUGCACCCACAGAUUCUACAAUAUACUCACUCGGCAAGAGCGCUACAGACGACGGCACACUCUUUCCCCAGUUGACAGAGAAUUUCACCUUCCACAAUUUCUACAGCAACCAGUCGAAUGAAACACAGUGUAAGGAUGUCUAUCAUCCGGAUGACGACACCCGUCUAGAGUUUUGGGUUUGUGGCGUUGUAUUGAAUAUUGUCGGCAUAUUCGGUAUUAUUGGCAAUAUCAUCUCCAUGAUUAUACUGUCACGUCCUCAAAUGCGUUCCAGCAUAAAUUAUUUGCUCAUUGGCUUGGCACGUUGUGAUACGACUUUGAUCAUCACAUCCAUGCUACUCUUUGGCAUUCCCUGUGUCUAUCCAUAUUCGGGUUAUUUCUUCUAUUAUUACAACUAUAUUUAUCCGUUUAUAUCACCGUCGAUCUUCCCCAUCGGUCUGACGGCGCAAACGGCGAGCAUAUACAUGACGUUCACCGUGACUUUGGAGCGUUAUGUGGCCGUUUGCCAUCCGCUCAAGUCACGUGCGCUUUGUACUUAUGGACGCGCCAAAAUCUACUUCAUUGUUUGUUGUACACUGUCGUUGCUGUACAACCUGCCACGCUUCUGGGAAGUUAUGACGGUGAGUUACCAGCCUGAGGGUAGUGAGAUAGUGUAUCAUUGCUUACGACCGUCGCCUUUACGAAAAAAUCAAACAUACAUCAAUAUCUACAUACAUUGGUGUUAUCUGAUUAUCAAUUAUAUAAUACCAUUCCUCACGUUAGCCAUACUCAAUUGCCUGAUCUAUCGCAAAGUAAAGCGUGCGAAUCGCGAACGCCAACGAUUGUCGCGCUCCGAGAAGCGUGAAAUUGGCUUAGCGACUAUGCUGAUCUUCAUCGUAAUUGUCUUCUUUCUCUUAAACUUUCUUGCGCUUGUCGUAAAUAUCGAUGAGGCUUUCUAUAAUAAAAUCGAUCACUCCCUAACGAAAAUCUCCAAUUUGCUGGUGACGAUCAAUAGUAGCGCGAAUUUCUUAAUUUACGUCAUUUUCGGCGAGAAGUUCAAACGUAUUUUCUUGUUGAUUUUUUUCAAACGCCGCCUCAGCCGCGACCAACCCGAUCUUAUUCACUACGAGAGUUCUAUAUCGAACAACGGUGACGGCACAAUAAAUCAUCGUUCAUCGGGCCGGUUUUCACGACACGGUACGCAGCGCAGUACAACAGGCACAUACCUAGUUACCGGCGGCGGCUCGAACAACAGUACUUUGAAAAAUGUGCGUUUGGUGCAGACCGGUUCGCCGGGUGUGGUGAAGAUCAAACGCAAUCGGGCGCCCUCGCCGGGACCGGUCGUGUACUACCCGGCACGCGACAGUCAACGUACAACUGUUGUGACGCCGGUGGCGUUAGCGUCGAACAACAACACGGCACUAAGCUGUGAUUGGAUUGACGCCAAGAAUGGACAAAUGACGUCGGGGAUCUGAAAGCAUGCGAUCAAUUCAGAUACGGUUGGAGGCGGCGAGUGUGUAUUUGUAGCGAAAGGGUAUAGCUGUAAAAGAGGUUUAGUUGUACACGUAUAGUUUGGUUAAAUGUCAUCCGCUUGACAUAUACCAACUGAUAUUUUGACCAAGCGGUGUUAUUACGACAAUAAUAUAAUUACUUUUGCAAGAUUCUUUUCAAACCACAGAUUUCUUUCUUUUAAACGGUAGUACAAGGCAGUUAGCUUCUGUAUUUGAGACUUCGAUGUGGAAUUUUGUCCUGAAGAAACUGCUCAUGUGUCGUGAGGAGCAGUCAUCGUUUAAUAUGCCUGCGCUUGACGCGAAUUUUUAUAGACUCUGUGGCCUCAUAAUCCACAGCUCCUCCAGUGAAUCAUACCGUUGGGAUCCCAGAUGUUUACAGCGUAAUCUUGCCAAUGCGGUACAAGCGCGCACAGAAGAUGCUUCGUUGUCUCCGUGGUGCGUUACUCUAGACAUAUCCUACAGUCUUCUUGAUCUAUCGGCCCCAAUCUGCGGGCAUCUAUCGCCACCAGUUAGUGACUAGUUAGUAUUCCGAUCAUGUGCCUACAGUCUCUUUAGUUGAGUGCAAAUAGUAAUUUUGUGUACUUCCGAUCUAUCGUUUUGCAGAUAACUUUUGUAGUUUUGCACCCAGGUAGCUCGUUCCUUCGGGUUAUGAUUUUCUUUACCAUACUUCUGUCAAGAGCAUCGUAUAGACAAUACAUCGGUUUCUCAAUGUUUAUCACGUUUUCGGUUGUAGUCGUACACCAUACUUGGCAGUCUUGUCCACUCUUUCAUUGCCCUCGAUGCAUUUGUGGCUUGGCACUGACUAGAAGUGAAGUUACUUGCUUCUGGCAACACUUUCCACUGCUGCCCUGCUGCCCUGCUUCCCAAGACACUUCUAUUCGAUAUGCGUUACGAGGUUACUGUCUUGAUUGCUGCUUGGCUGUCUACGUGGGUGUUGACUUUUUUCUGCACAACUUUUAUUGUUAAUUCGAUUUAUGCCUUCCAUAUUAAUUUAUAAUUUCUUAGUCACAAUUUUUUCUCCGAAAGAUACUCCACAAUAAAAAGAAUUAAAAUAAAAUAAAAUGUAAUAAUAUAGUACAGGCUGAUUGCUGAACGAAGCUUUUUACAACAAUUUCUUCAAUGUUAUAUACCUCAUCUGAGUAUGUAUCUAUGUACAUAUAUAGAUGUGAAAUGCUUACAUUUUCAGCAACAACUAACUGUUAAUAAAGUGACGAAUUUUUUCAAUUUAUCCGUGUAAUAUCUGCGCUAGCCAAGCGCGAACAUGUGCAUAUGUGUAUAUAAAUGCAAGGCGCUCGUGCGUAAUGCGUAUUCGUAUACAACCUAUUUACAGUUAAACAGUUUCAUGCUUUAUACACACUUUCGCUACCUUUGAAUUUAUAAAUGUAUAAAUAUGUAUUUAUGUAUUUAACUGUAUCUAUGUAAAGGAAAAAAAAUUGUAAAAUAUUAGCCCAAAAUCUUAGACGUAAAACUUAGUAUAAAUAUUCUAGUUAAAUAUUUGAAUAGUUCAAUCUCCAAAUGUGAAAUAAUUUUCUGAAUACACACCUAUAAAUUUACAUAUGUAUAUAAAAAUAUGAAGGACAAAUUCUAGGCUAAGUAAACGAAUAUCAAAAUGUUCAUGUAACUAUUUGAAUUUUAUUCAAGCGAUAUAUUUAUGUGUAUCUAUUGUUACGCUGAUAAUAUUUAAUAAAGAAAAAAUAUUAAAGAAUCAAAUAAUAAUAAAUGAUUGGCUAACUACAUACUAUUUAUAAAAUACAAGGUCGUGCAACUCGAGCAACAAACAAAUGUCAUGUACACCAGUCACAUAAAUGGUGUUUUUUUAGACACGCGGUUUUCAAGAAAAACUGAAACGCAUAAAAUUUAAUAUUACAGAAACGUACCUUCAUUUUGAAAAUAAAUAUGCGCGUCUUACAAAUAUUUGUCCGGAGUUAGUCUGUGCACUAUGGAAUGGCCAACCAAAUCAAGUAUAAACCUAACAACAACUGUCAAAAGAAUCAAAUCCGAAAACAUACAUAUUGCCCGAUUGAAAACCAGGCGUCUGAAAAAACACCCACUACGAUAGAAUUGAUAUCUCUUUGGUCGAAUAGAAUUACAACACGGCUGGAAUUUGAAACAGCAAGCCACAUAAUGUAUUUUGGUACUAAUUAGAACAAUAAUUGUUUGGAAUAAUUAAAGGAUACAAAGAAAUCAAAAUUAAAAAGUUUUUAAUCAUUUCAACGAAUUAUUAUUAUACACUAGACUGAUACGAGUUUUUAUGUUUUUAAUUUUUUUGUAUAAUAUUUUUGCAACAAUCAGAAUGGAGAACCAUUUACGUCACAAUAUUUCGAAUGGCAUGGCCUUGUAUUUAAUGGACAUUGUUAAACACAGAAUCUUUCAGAAUCUUUGAAAUCAAACAAUAAAACCUAUUUUA